UGUACGGUUUGAAUUAUGUGUAACCAAGUUCCUGUUCCUUCCAGAACUGUAGAUUUUUUAUAGUCUGAGUUUUUAGCUGAUGACUCCACCACGUUCAGGAAGCCAAGUAUGUGCUAAAACUGUUAUUUUUCUGUGAACUGCAAUUGUAUUUCACCAAGUUGAUGAACGAGAGAGAGAGAGAGAGCGCAUCGGUCUGUUGUAUUUGUGGAACACUCUUUCACGGUGCGUCCUAGAAACUGCACAAGAAUGAUCCCUCAUAACAUGACAUGGAUCAAGUAUCCAAGCCUGAGUGAAGAUUCAUCUAUCAGUGUGGAAGACAUUAUAUUCUCACAACAUGUUAUAUCAAGGCUUAUGCAUGUCUAUAUUGCACUGUUUGUGCCAACUGGCUUAUUAACUGGGAUCAUUAUCUUGAGCAUCUUCAUCAAGAACUACAUGCAGCAUGCUUUAAAUAAACUGGACAUAUUGCUUUUUGCUCAUACCAUCAGCAACAUCUUAAUGAUUCUUUUAUCACUUACCAUCACUGUAAGACCUGCCUAUCUCAGAGUAUCCUAUUUUAAGUGUGCAAUUCUGUCUUUUUUUUCUAACUUGAGUUACUUCAGUUCACAGUACUUUCUCAUAUUAAUGGUGCUCAGCUUUCUUCUCAACAGGCACCCACCCCAGAAUGCUUUAAUAACUAAGGCAGAUAAAAAUCCUACAGUAUGUGCUGUAUUUGCACUGAUAUGUGCUUUUUGUACUGCACUGAUAGUGGUGGCACUGCUGGGCAUAGAGAAUUACCACGAAGAAACAGACUGUCAGUUAGAUCCUUUAUUUGCAUGGCCAGAAUAUGAAAUUAUUAAAUUUGCAUUUGGUUUCAGCAUUCCAUCUUUGGCAAAGAUUCUCUGUUUUAUUCUAUCACUUGUUAAAAGAACCCAGACAAAAACCCGUUCCUCAAGGCAAAAUAUUCACCCUUAUUUGACUGUUUUUGUGAUUGGAACCACCAUGUUUAUAUGCCGUCUAUUUUAUAACAUUAUGAUCCUUUUCAGAACCAGCCUGAAGAUACAGAGAAGCAUAGGGACACCUCAGAAUGAACUAACUAUGAAUAUUGCUGAAGUUCUACUAUUCAGUGAAAGUUGUGUUGGCUUUGUAGUCAUACUUUGCCUCCACAAACCAUGCAGGAGUGGCUUCCUGAAUACUGUAACUAAUCUUACGAAGAUUUGCAGGAGACAAAGUGACAACAGACCUCUUGAAAUACGUGGAAAUCAUAGAGGAGUCUCAUUUGUACCAUCUGAAAAUGGGUCACACUGACUAU